AUGAGGCAAACUCCAAUUAAAAUUCAAAGGAAUGGUGCGGCCCAUAUGGAAGGAGAUAACUUAUUGGAGGAUUCUAUUCUAUCAAAUGAGAAGGAGCCAGGCCCUACGAAAUCUCUCACUAAUUUUGAUAAACUUAGAAAGCAAUCUGCUGAGAUUCGUGCAGCUCAAGGGCAAAUGGGGAAAGGGCUUUUCGAAACCAAGGUUAAGUUGGAUAAUUGUGCUUCUAUUUUUGAUAGUUUUUUGACGGGUUGGAAGUAUUUGCAUAAUGGAGAUCUGGAUAACUCUAUGCAGAUCUGGCUGGGUUGGGACCCGAAUUUUUAUGAUGUGGUUUUGGUGCAAAAAUCCAAACAGUUCAUACAUGCUAAGGUGUCAAUUGUGGGUACCUCGGUGUUUUUCUUUUGUACUGUUGUUUAUGCUCUUAAUUCUGUGGUGGCUAGGAAGGAAUUGUGGGAGGAUGUUGGGGCUAUUGCUAGUGCCAUUAUUAACCCUUGGGCUGUUCUAGGGGAUUUUAAUGUGAUUCGAAGUAACAAUGAAAAAAUUGGAGGGGACCCUGUUCGGAUUGAAGCUAUGGAUGAUUUUAAGUCGUUUAUAGAUGGUGCUGGGCUUCUAGACUUGAAAUGGAAAGGGGAGGAUUUGACCUGGAAUAAUAGACAAGUGGGAGAUGCAAGAAUUUGUUGCAAGCUUGAUAGGGUUCUGGUCAAUUUAGCUUGGAUGGAUGUGUUUAGAUCCUCUGAUGCAACCUUUUACCCUCCUGGGCUUUCUGAUCAUUCUCCAGUGGUGGUGGUUGUGGUGGAUAAAGCAGACUUUGGCCCAAAACCUUUCAGAUUUUUUGAGGCUUGGAUUGGUAGAGAUGGCUAUGAUGAGGUGGUUUGGCAGGGGUGGGAACAGCCUGUGAAUUUGGCUCUUAAUCCCAUUCUUAAGUUUGCGGCCAGAUUGAGGAAUGUCAAAAAGGUGAAGGAGGCUGAGGCUGAGUUGUUUCAGAUCCAGAGGCAGCUUAGUGAGCACCCUGAUGAUCCGAAUUUGGUGCUGAUGGAGACACAGGCUAAAAAGAAACUUUGGGAGGCUUUGGCUACUGAAGAGAAAUUUUUGAAAGAAAAGUCAAGGGUUAAACACAUUCAGUUGGGGGAUGGGGAGAAUGGAGAUAUUGUGAAGAAUCCUAACCAGAUUAAGGAAGAAGCUAUUUCUUUUUAUAAGAAAUUAUUUGGGACUGAUUCGGCGGACAGUGGUUUCUUUCCUAGUUCUAUUCCUUUGCAGCAUGGUUUGUCUCAAGCUCAUCAGGAAAGCCUUACUAGGAGAAUCUCUAAUAAGGAGAUUACGGAGGUCGUGUUUUCUUUUAAGAAUUCUAAGGCUCCAGGACCAGAUGGUUUUGGAGCAGCCUUUUACAAGCAUUCUUGGGAGAUUGUGUGA